AUGACGCAGCCUAGGGAUUAUGAGAAGAGGAACAGGAAGCGUUUGAGAGUCACCAGAAACAGCUUGAAACGGCUGCGGCCUUCAACGGGAACCUCAUUGGGGCCGCUUUCAGUUCUUCCGGAUGAACUCAUCAGAGAAAUAUUGUUGAGGCUUCCGGCGAGGUCGCUGCUUAGGUUUCAGAGUGUGUGCAGUUCAUGGAGAACUUUAAUUUCCAGCUCCCAAUUCGCCAACGACCAUGUUCGUUUAAUCGCCACUGAUCCAAGUUUUAGCCAUCCACGAGUUGUUUAUCAUGGUUGUUGGUUCUACAGAUACAAAAAAUUCGGAGAUUUCUCGGUACGGUACUUGUUCGAGAAUCCUUCCCAACCUACUGAAGUCGUUCGCUUCGCGGGAAAAAGUAGCCACGAAAUUAUUGGCUCUUGCAACGGAUUGUUGUGCUUGCAAGACAUUACUGACAUGGAUAAUUUAAUCAUGCUGUGGAAUCCCUGUACUGGAUUAACAUCCCAACCGCUGGAAAUUCGGGGUUCCAUAGGAGUUUGCGGCUUCGGAUAUGAUCAUGUGAAUGACGAGUACAAGUUUGUUGCGGUUGUAGAUCAUAUACAUAAACAGGAACCGCUUAGAUUUGAAACCAGAAUUUAUACAUUUUGUCCAAACUCUUCGAAGAGAAUCAUUCAAGAUACCGCGUUUAAAAGGAUAAUUCGUGAUGCUAAGGGGGUAUUUGUGCCUGGCACCGCCACUCUUAAUUGGAUUCAUUGGCAUGGUUUGGUUCUUUCCCUUGACUUGGUGAAGGAGACUUGUAGUGAGUUUUCUCUGCCCCUCAACUUCAAGGCUCCGGAAAAUAAAUCCUUCAUCUUUCCACACUUAUGUGUGCUGAAGAACUGCCUUGCAUUUUGUUGCAGCCAUGAGAAAACUCGUUGGUCUGUGUGGCUGCUGAAGGAAUAUGGAAUGCCUCAAUCUUGGACUAAAUUAGCCACCAUCCACUGCCACCACUCACUGCUUACUGGUGCUGAAUUACACCCAUUAUAUAUCCGGGGAAAUACUCUUCUUAUGGCGGUGGCAUCAACUUCAAAGAUAGUUCUGUAUAACUUGGAUGAUGGCGGUUUAGAAUUUCCUCUACUGAAACCUACUCCUUCAGAUGUCUCAAUGGGAUUGUGGUUCUAUAUUUAUCAUGAAAGCUUAGUUUCACCAUCAUAUCGUUGCCUUCGAAGUAGCUCGUCCCGAAUUUGGUUUAUCAAACCCUAG